CCCCCCAAAAAAUCCCCCAAAAAAGCCGAAAUAAAAUCUGCGAAAAAAAACUAACUUUACGCGGGACUUGUGCAAAGCGCUAGAAAUCCCCCCUCCAAACAAAAAACAAACGAAUAAGGAGCAGCUCUAACUUGUAAGCGAAAACCAACCAAGCAGUGAGAUUAGCUACUAACCACAAAAAGAAGGACUAAAUCAGGACAGGAACAGGAUCAGAACCACAAUCACAAUGACCAACGCCAUGGACAUAGUGAAGAACGGCAGUGCCAACGGAUCCGUGGAUGGCAGCAAUGAUGAGUCGCGCACCAAUUUGAUUGUCAACUAUCUGCCGCAAACCAUGACGCAGGAGGAGAUGCGAUCGCUCUUCUCCAGCAUCGGUGAGCUCGAGAGUUGCAAACUGGUGCGUGAUAAAGUCUCAGGUAAUUUGGUCUUGCCAGCAUCGUUGACCGCUCUCAACCCGGCACUGCAGCAAGGUCAGAGUCUGGGCUAUGGCUUUGUUAAUUACGUCAGGGCCGAGGAUGCUGAGAAGGCUGUGAACACCCUGAACGGUCUGCGUUUGCAGAACAAGGUUAUUAAAGUAUCAUACGCCCGUCCAAGCUCAGAAUCUAUUAAGGGUGCUAAUUUAUAUGUAUCGGGUCUUCCGAAAAAUCUAUCACAACCAGACUUGGAGGGGAUGUUUGCAUCGUUCGGCAAAAUAAUUACAUCUCGUAUACUCUGUGAUAAUAUUUCUGGUCUAUCGAAGGGCGUCGGCUUUAUACGCUUCGAUCAGCGCAACGAAGCCGAGCGGGCCAUCCAGGAGCUGAAUGGCAAGACCCCCAAGGGAUAUGCCGAGCCGAUCACCGUCAAGUUCGCCAACAAUCCGAGCAACAGUGCCAAGGCCCAGAUUGCCCCGCCCCUCACCGCCUACUUGACUCCCCAGGCGGCAGCUGCCACUCGUCGCUUGGCCGGAGCUCUGCCCUCCGCCGGUCGCAUUAGGUACUCACCGCUGGCUGGCGACCUAUUGGCCAACUCGAUCUUGCCGGGAAACGCAAUGACUGGAUCCGGAUGGUGCAUAUUCGUCUAUAACCUGGCCCCGGAAACCGAGGAGAAUGUGCUGUGGCAGCUGUUCGGUCCAUUCGGAGCCGUGCAGUCGGUGAAGGUGAUCCGGGAUCUGCAGACCAGCAAGUGCAAGGGAUUCGGAUUCGUGACCAUGACCAACUACGAUGAGGCCGUGGUGGCCAUUCAGUCGCUGAACGGAUAUACCCUCGGCAAUCGGGUGCUGCAGGUCAGCUUUAAGACUAACAAGACCAAGACCACUUAGGCGAACCAGCCAAUCUGGACUAGACCUUUCCAAUACUCCACGAUCUGUUUGAUUUAACAACACCUAGACUAUAGAUUCAUCUGAUCUGAUCUGAUAAGAUAUAUGAUAUGAUAUGAUAUGAUUAUGAUAUGAUAUGAAAUGACAAGGACAGUGUAGUCGAAAUUGCGAAAUUUAGCGCGAGUUUAUGAUAUGCCUAUCAUUUGAUUUGUACGCUAAACGAAAUUAUUAUGAUUGUAAUUCUAAUGAAAUCUUAGUGAAAAUUGAUUUAUUUCCAUCUCUAUAAUUUAAUUUUAUUAACUAAUCCAGGAAACGAAAAAAAUACAAAAAAAAAAACCAAAAACAAAUAAACAAAUAAAGCUUGAAUGAGGCAUCCAAAAAACACAACACAGAAACUAAGGAAAAGUUUAGAAAAAAGUGAGGUGAGCCAGACAACUGUCUAUAAAUCGACAAAUGGGAAAGAAAUAUGAGAAGGUAAUAUGGUCAAAAGAUAAAAAAAAACAAAAAACGAAAAAUAACAAAUAACAAAUAGAAAACCGGAAAAAUAUGAAUGAAAAUGAUCUAAGUCGCAAUAUAUAGUAACUAUUUUUUUUUUUUAAACCUAUGUAUAUGUAAUUCAAUUCGAUUAUAUUCAAUUAAACAAAGUAUUUAAACAAGCUAACCAAAUGAUUUAAUGUCUAUUGAUUUAGAAAUUACCAACAUAACUCUCUCAGCUUACCUAAGUACUUAUUAUAAUGGAUACGCAUAAAUAUAUUGUAUUGUAUUGUAUUGUAUUGUAUUUUGUGUUCGUUAUGCAAAACCUAACUUACAUUACAUUACAUUAAUUCUAGUGCUAUUCAGCUCUUAUAUUUAAAUUCGAUUCGCCUUGAUUUACACUCGAAGACGAAACGGAAAUCGAAGAUAAAGCCGCGAUAUAUCCUCCAAACGUAACAACAACAACAAAACUCCCCAAAGCACCCAAAACACCCAAAACACACUCACUUGUAACCAUUAUUAUAUAUUAUAUAUGUAACCAGAUUUAAAUAUCUUUUUUUCGUCGUCUAAGAUUCGUAUUCGUAUUCGUCAAGUGCAAACCAAAGUAAAUGAAACCAAGCAAACUUAUUAUAUUAUAUUACAUUAUAUAUUAUUACGCCUACUUAUUAUUCCAUUUUUAUAAUUAUUAUAACUUAUUGAA